ACAGGAGCUCACGACUCAGCACCGACCAGGAUAAAACCACCAGUCUGACUCUCACACACGCUGCUCUGAGCUGAGGAGGACCAGUGAGUGACAGAGACGUGGUGUGCGUGCGGUGGAGCUGCAGAGGAACUCCUGAUAAACGAGCGCAAGUGUCAGAAGGAUUUCUCCUCCUCUCCUCUCCUCCUCUUGUUGGCGUGCAGGCAGGGAUGAUGCUGGCUCCUCGGGACUUCAGCCCGACCAGCGGAUUCUCAGUCCGCUGAAACACUCCCUUCUUCUUCUUGCUUGUUUUGCUUUGACUGCAAACCUGCACAGCAUCUCUCUGCAGCGCAGUGGGGAUGGACCUCGGUUUGGACGACUUAACGCAGGAAGAGUCCUCCAGCUCGUGCAUGCAUGCAUUGGUGAAAUGUGCCACUUUCGCUCGCAAUUCCCACUCGUCUGACUUUUUGGAGGAGCGACGUAUGCCGGACCUGUUUCUCUCGCAGUGUGCAUGAGAGAUGGCGACGAAACCGCACCAAGUCCAACCCUGGCUGUCUACGCACCUGUCCGGCUGGAUCAUGGCACUUUACGCCACAGGUGAAUGAAUCUCUCUGAGCAGUGAGUGUUUUUCAGCCUGUUUUCGAGCGUGUUGCACAGAGACGAUGGAUCUCAAAGUAGAAACCGAGGAGCUGGACUCGAGUCGACCUCCACCCAUUGAAGUUUUUGCGCACAGCUCGACCCUGCACGGGAUCUCCCACAUCUUCACGUACGAGCGCUUCUGCAUCAAACGCUGCCUGUGGCUCGUCUUCUUCCUGGGUUCCCUCACCUUCCUGCUGUACGUGUGCGUGGACCGGAUCCACUUCUACCUGGAGUACCCGCAUGUCACCAAGCUGGACGAGGUCGCGACCCCGAUCAUGACGUUCCCCUCGGUCACUUUCUGUAACCUGAACGCGUUCCGCUUCAGCCGCGUCAUGCGCAAUGACCUGUACCACGCAGGGGAGCUGCUGGCCCUGCUCAACCAGAGGUACGAGAUCAGAGACAUUCACCUUGUGGAGGAGAGCGUCCUGGAGAGCCUGAAGGUCAAAGCCGACUUCCACAAUUUCAAGCCGCGACCCUUCAACAUGCGGGAAUUCUACGACCGGACGGGUCACGACAUCAAUGACAUGCUGCUCUCCUGCCACUUCCACGGCACUGAAUGCAGACCGGAGGAUUUCAAAGUGGUCUUCACCCGCUACGGGAAGUGUUACACCUUUAACGCAGGCGGUGAUGGACGCCCUCCCCUCCUCACCACCAAGGGAGGCAUGGGUAAUGGUCUUGAGCUCAUGCUGGACAUUCAGCAGGAUGAAUACUUGCCAGUGUGGGGAGAAACAGACGAGACAUCGUUUGAAGCCGGGAUCAAAGUUCAGAUCCACAGUCAGGACGAGCCGUCGUUCAUUGAUCAGCUCGGCUUCGGAGUGGCACCCGGGUUCCAGACAUUUGUUUCCUGCCAAGAACAAAGGCUGAUAUAUCUCCCCCCACCCUGGGGAGACUGUAAGGUGACGCCCAUGGACUCGGACUUCUUUGAUAGCUACAGCAUCACAGCCUGUCGCAUCGACUGUGAAACACGCUACCUGGUGGACAACUGCAACUGUCGCAUGGUGCACAUGCCUGGCGAUGCACCGUACUGCACCCCCGAGCUCUACAAAGAAUGUGCUGACCCAGCUCUCGAUUUCCUGGUGGAAAGAGACAAUGACUUCUGUGUUUGUGAGACACCGUGCAACAUGACCAGAUACAGCAAAGAGCUGUCCUUCGUCAAGAUCCCCAGCAAGGCCUCCGCUAAAUAUCUUGCAAAGAAAUACAACAAAUCUGAGCAGUAUAUUAAGGAGAAUCUCCUGGUUUUAGACAUAUUUUUUGAGGCUCUCAACUAUGAGACUAUUGAACAAAAAAAGGCUUAUGAAGUGGCUGGACUUUUAGGUGAUAUCGGUGGUCAGAUGGGACUUUUCAUUGGGGCAAGCAUCCUCACUAUUCUAGAGCUGUUUGACUACUUUUAUGAGGUGAUCAAGUACAAGCUUUGUCGCUGCUCCGAUAAGAAGCACAACAACGCUGACCAGGGAACAGUCCUGAGCUUGGAUGAUGUCAAGUGUCACGUCAGUAACUUUCACUAGGCCUCUGCAGCCAAGAGGAGGAGCCACUCCUUCGUCUCUGAGCGGCUUCAUGAACUUUGUUCACUGCAGUUUGCUGAAGCAGACUCCUGCAGCAACAGGGAACGUGUCUGAACUGUCUCUGGUGAAGGUUUAUGAGCAACGAGGUGAAAAACGAUAAUGUGGCCAAAGUAAGGAGAAGGCCACGUAGACGGCAUGACAGCAGACACCGGUUAUCAACAUGUUGUGAUGAGUUCAAAAACGUUAGAAUAACUGCAUGGUCAUCUGUAAACAGCUUUUAAAGACAUAGCAACAGAUUCAGUUAACGGGGGCAUGAACCUAACAAAGGUUCAUAUGUGUUCAGUUAAACAGAAUUAGAUAUCCCAGAUGUGCCGUGGUGUUUUUAUCAAUUUGUAGAGUUUUUUGUAAAAUAAUUGGUGGCAGAUUUGUUUUCACUCACAAAAUGUCAUUAGUUUUAUUUGGAAACUUGCAUGUCCCCAUUGUAUAUUUAUUUCGCUUUUAUCUUUCAACAUAAUGCUUUAUAUUACAGGUGUGUGAAUUCCAUUUUAUUUCUCCUGAGAGGUUUCCUGGAAAUAAGCAAAUAAAGAGAGGUCAAAUAGAGAGCGAUCAGUGGGUUUACCUCCAGUUAUCUUUAAAUGCUAAGUUACUACAACCUUGACAUUUUAUUCAGAAGAUAGCGGGUGAGCUGAACUUGCUAAAUCUGAAAUGUGUCUAAAAACAAACAUGAAAUUCAGCAUAAAUAAGGAAUAAAAUGUCCAAUAGUAAAUAAAUAUUUAUUAGGGUUUAAAUUGACCACAUUUUCGCAUUGAAGUUGAUAUGGAAAUCAAUAUUAAACUCUACAGAUUACUUAACCAUAUGAAGCAAGUGUUUCUCUAUCGUUCCUGUUAUUUGUACAAAAAACCCUUGUUCCAGCAAACUAUAUUAGAAGAUAACAGACCUGUGAGACUACUGUUUUCUUUAAAUCACAAUUUUUUAUUAGACUUUUUCACCAAACUACAUUUUUAUAUUCAUGUCAUCGAACCUUAUCCUAUGUCAGUCUUUGUGCAUUUUGUCAGUUUACUCUACUACCUCAUCUUGCACGGUGACGCCGCCAUGAAGACAUUGUAGAUCAUAUUUACCCGACAGACAAGGCCGUGCUAAUAUUCUCGUUAAUUUCUCCACAAGAAAGCGAAUAAGCACAUUUCCCAAAAUGGCAAAUUUAAUUAGACACAAAUACAAAUACAGUAGGAUAACUGGGCUAAAAGCAUUUUUUUCCUUUACAAAGAGAUGGAUCCACAGAAAUAAAAUUCACAAACCAGAUUAAGAACAAAUAUUUAAACUCUUCUCCAUGUCAACCAGGCACUAUGCUGUAAGAUUGUCCUUCCCCUGUCAAUGAUAAUCACUGUAGAGUAGACUGUAGAUCUCAGAAGAAAUUAAGAAUAGAAAGAAGUGUUUCCUGUUAAAGAGUGGGCUACAAACCAGACUUCAGUACAUUCAUUUAAGGGAAUGUCAUACAUUUGUACACGUACCCAGAUGCUGUUCAUCGUAUUUACCUGCAAAGAUAAAAUCAGUGAGAAUAAACAUGUUGAAUGUGUUUUUCUAACUUGCAUGUAGCGCUGUACAGUAGGUGUCUUAAAUGGGGUCCAUCGAUGAACAGAUGACUGACUGCAUUCUGUCAUUAUCUGUUUGUGAGUUUGAUUUUAUACUGCGAGCAUGUAUUUAUCUGUGUGCGUGUGUGUGUGUUUCCAGUGUUACCCCACAUCUGUGCCAAAUUCAGAGGUGAACAAAGGAACAUUUUAAAUGCCCUCGUAUCAAAAAACACUUUUUUCUUAUCAGUCUGCAACAAACCAUCUUUAAAUAUCAGUUUACAGUUUAUUGAUUUGCUAAUCUUUAGAAGGAGUGGGAAUUGUAUGGUGUGUAGCUGUGUGAUGUUACCAUCAAGCCCAGUCAUACCAUUUGCUGUAAUUUAAUGUAUAUAUUGUAAUGACUAUGGAUAAUAAUCUUUGUGUAUUUGCAUAUUCUUAUCUGUCUAGUAUUGUACUUGUUGUAUUUAUUCAUUAUAAACUAGCUGUUUUUACGUACAUGUUGUAGAUGGUUUAUUUCUCAAAAGUAUAUUUAUGAGACACAAUAUUCAAGUAUACAGUUUUUAUUUUUGUUUGUAUUGCUAUAAUCAGUUCAUCUAAUUAUAUUCUACUCAUCAGUAAAUGAAAGUGGACAACAGAAUUCAAUGCAUCUCGAAAGUCCUGUCGGCCAUGUUUCCAGUUUUUUUUUUAUAUCUAUAUAUAUAUGAACUAUAUGAAAGGAUGAUUAUUUUAGUCUGGUGAUCUGUAGAUAAAUUAUGAAGCAGUUAUAAUAUGAUGGAUUAAACGUUUACGCAGCUUUUGUUCA